GCUCUAUACUUGUUUAUGUCUGUUGAGUCGAAGAUGGGGCGGCCAUGUAAUCAUAUUUAUGGGGUUUUUGUUUGGUAUUUUUUCUUGUUUUUGUGUUUCUUUUUCAAGGCAAUCAAUGCUCAACUUAAUGGUAAUUGGCUCAGUGGUCAUGCAACUUUCUAUGGAUCCGACCAAAACCCCACCACACUUGGAGGAGCAUGUGGUUAUGACAACACCUUCCAUGCUGGGUUCGGAGUAAACACGGCAGCGGUGAGCGGCACACUUUUCAGGCAAGGCGAGGCAUGCGGUGCAUGCUACCAGGUAAUAUGCAACUACAAGAUAGACCCAAAAUGGUGCCUCCAAGGCCGUGUUGUCACGGUCACCGCCACCAACUUUUGCCCCCAGAAUAACAAUGGUGGGUGGUGUGAUCCUCCUCGCCAACACUUUGACAUGUCCACUCCUGCUUUUCUUCGCAUUGCUAGACCCGGCAAUGAAGGCAUAAUUCCUGUGCUUUAUAGAAGGGUGAGUUGCAAAAGAAGAGGGGGUGUCCGAUUCACGUUGAAGGGACAAGGGAAUUUCAACAUGGUGAUGAUCUCCAACGUAGGAGGGAGUGGGGACUUGAAGGCUGCAUGGUUAAGGGGUUCGAGGAUGACAAGGUGGAUUCCCAUGCAUAGGAAUUGGGGUGCAAAUUGGCAGAGCAGCGUUGAUAUUCGAAGACAGAAAGUUUCUUUCAAGCUCACUUUGGUUGAUGGAAAAACCCUCGAGUUUUUCAAUGUUGUUCCUUCUUCUUGGAUGUUUGGACAGACGUUUUCUUCCUUAAACCAGUUCUCUUAA